AUGAGCGGAAUAGGGGAGUCAAGAUCGGAACUGCUAGGAUGGUUAAACGAGCUUUUGCGGUUAAAUUACGCGAAAAUUGAGCAGUGUGGUACUGGCGCCGCAUACUGUCAGAUCAUGGACUCCAUAUACCGGGACGUUCCAAUGCAUCGUGUGAGAUUCAAUGCUACGGCAGAGUAUGAGUUUCUUACAAAUUUCAAGAUUUUGCAAAGUUGUUUCACCAAACAUCGUCUCGAGAAGACUAUAUUGGUAGAGAAGCUCGUCAAAUGCAGGUUCCAAGAUAAUCUUGAGUUCCUACAGUGGUUGAAAAGAUUUUGGACCCAAAAUAAGGACGAGAGCACCUAUGAUCCCGAGUCUAGGCGUAAAUAUCGCGCUCCCGUUGCUCCUGUCACGUCAAACAGCGGGUAUCCAGGAUCUCACACAUCAUCUAUGCAUGGCAGCUCCAAUUCUGUCCCUCCAAGUGUGACUAAAAGACGCGUUAGUGGUCCUUUGCGAAACUCGGCAACAAGCUCAUCGCGUACAGCGACCUCGCUCACUUCUCGUAAGUCAUCUAGCGAGCAGCAGUUAUUGAGUGUUCAAACUAAGCUUUCACAGACACAACUGAAUAUGGAAAACCUGCAGAAAGAAGUGGGCCAGUACAAGGAGGCAAUGCUUAUCAUGGAGCGGGAACGUGACUUUUAUUUUGGCAAACUUAGGGACAUUGAGAUUCUAUCACAAUCCACUAAGGAUUUGUGUAAAGAAGGCAUCUAUUCGAACGACCCUAAUGAGCUGGUCCGGUUUUUGGACAAAAUACAGCAAGUGUUGUAUGCGACGGAAGAAGGUUUCGAAGUUGCUGACGAUGAUAAGAAUCUCGACGACCGUGAGGUACCUCUUGAUAAGAGGAACGACAACGUAUCAGGAGAAGUAAUAGAUACAAAGCAUCAGCCUACACAUAACUUAAUUACCGACGAGGAAACUUUCUAG